CACGAAACUACCUCACCAGCAUUGUUAUCUAUAUUCUCUCAUCUAUCGUUGCAGUACCAAAAACAUACCUCGUCAGCUUUGUUUUAUUGACUUCUAAACUGCAUCGCAAGGCCAGUAUACCACAUUCGUCCUUACACCUCUCCCUCUCUCCGCUUCCCCCACAAUCCUCCCACCAUGCCGCGCACUCAGUGCACGGCAAGUGCCCUCUCGUUUGUCUUAAUAUGUCUCCCUCUCCUAACAUCAGCGCACAUGCAAAUGAGUUGGCCUUAUCCUUUCAGAAGCCCCCUGGAUCCGGACGUUAGCUACACGGACAAGGAUUACAGCAACACCUCCCCUCUCUUAGCCGAUGGAUCUGAUUUCUCCUGCAAGCACUACCAGUAUGUGGCCAACUACAGCGACGCGGAUGUUGUCAAGGCGACUUAUUACGCUGGAAACACCUACAACAUGACCCUAGCUGGAACGGCAAACCACGACGGAGGGUCCUGUCAACUGUCUCUUUCCUACGACAACGGCGAGACGUUCAAGGUCAUCAAGUCCAUGAUCGGUGGAUGCCCCUUAACGCUGACAUACGACUUCACCAUACCGGAAGACGCUCCGGCCUCGAAUUCCACUAUUUUAUCCUGGUCCUGGUUCAACAUUGUUGGAAAUAGGGAGAUGUAUCAGAACUGUGCCCGUGUUCAGAUCCUCACCAAUCCGUCUAGGAAGUACCGACGCAGUUAUUGGAAACGGGACACCACAUUCGAUGACCUCCCAGACAUGUUUGUGUGUAACGUGAACAAUAACUGUACCACCAUUGAAGGCGAAGACGUGGAGUUUGCUGACCCCGGUGAUGAGGUGGUGUCGGGCACGGACGCUAUUACUGCAGCUACUGGUGACGGCUAUACUAUUUCAGGAUCUUCUACCACUACAGCAUCGUCUGGAUCAGCAAUCGGUAUUGUAGUGACAUACAACGCCACCACUACUGGAGCUUCUACCACAACGGCACCUUUCCCCAUCGUCAAUGGAACUACUAUUGGAACUACUAACGGAACCAUAACCAUAACCACAACAGCAAGCAGUACUUCUUUCCCUCUUACGACUUCUAAAACAUCUUCUACGACUACGACCACAUCUACGACAACUUCCACGACCUCUUCGACUACGUCCACGACCUCCACAACAUCCUCCACUACUUCGACGACCUCCACGACUUCCACGACUUCCACGACUUCCGCGACUUCCACGACUUCCACGACUUCCACGACUUCCACGACUUCCACGACUUCCACGACUUCUACUUCCACGACUUCUACGACUUCCACGACCAGCACCACCACGACCAGUACGACCAGUACAACUAGCACAACAGCAACACCUACAACAACUGCGUCCUUAACCACGGAGGUGUUUACAACCACGUUAACGUUCUCCGCAGAUGGGUAUACGACAACAAUAGUGUUCUCAACGACAGCAGUGUUCGAUGCAACAUCUGCCACAGCAUCAACGACGUCUACCUCCACUUCCAUGUCCACCUCUACAACGUCCACAACAUCCUCCACAACUUCUACAACGUCCACAACGUCCACAACGUCCACAACGUCCACAACGUCCACAACAUCUUCUUCGGCCAGCACCUCAACGUCAACAUCUACGAGCACCACAACCACAACAACCUCAACAACAACAACAACAACAACAACAUCAAGCACAUCCACCGCCACAGCCACAGCCAGCGCGACGUCCUGCACACCAGGAGAAUUCAUAUGUGACAGCACCAGCACAUUCUCCCAAUGCGUAGCCAACUCCGCCGACUCAACGACAUACGUGUACAUGGGCUCCGUGGCCGCAGGUAUGCAGUGCGUCAAUGGCACGAUCGAGCGCCAGAACGACGGACCGUGUACGCCCGACGGCGCGAUAUUCUGUAACGGCUCUAAUGCAUUUUACAUGUGCGACCAGGGCGGGUUGAUCGAUAUGGGAAGUGUGGCUGCGGGGACGACUUGUGAGAAUGGGGUUAUUGGGUAUGCUUGAUGCGAGUAGUACACUACCCAUGAAAAGGUCUAACGUAACGACAUCGACGGAUCGUUUACAAAGGACUAUGACCUGUGACGGAUGAUAUGAGUUACUCUCGACAACGUCCACCUUAAUCGGCAUUGGUAUUGGGACUGACAUUGGCAUGGUAUCUGGUGGAAUCUGGCCACCCAGGCGUUUUGGAAUGGGACGAAAAGUCAUAUAUUGGAUUUAGCGAGAGAUACCAUAGCAUAGUACUAGGGCCAAAUGCAAUUGCCAUACCACAUUUCAAACAAUCACAAUA